AGAGUAGAGUUGGAUGAUUUGCACAAAGAAGCAGAUUAUGUAUUGCUGAAAAGUCCAUUUUUAUCUCAUCUAAAACUGUGAAUAAGAAGGAAGUCAUAGCAAAAACAGGACAAGAAAAGAGAAGCUGAUCAUGGAUUAUCUGACCAUUGAAGCUGAGGAAGAAGUCCUUCCAGCCACGAUCGCUGAGGAUGCCUCUCUGCCCCAAAAACAGAACACAGAAGAAAUGGAACCUACUGUUGAGCUACUUCCUGUUGAGUUCCAGGAACUGGUGACAGUCAAGGAUGAGGAAAUGGACUUCACUCAUGUGGAAGAAGAACAGCUGAAUUCUGCCCAAAGGUACAUGGGCAUGGAUAUGAAAGUGGAGAAUUGUGGGAGCCUGGUAUUUUGGGAUUCUGAAUCUAUACCUGAAACUAAAGAAUGCUUUCUGAAGCAGGGACUUUAUGAUGAAAUAUCAUCUGAAAGAGAUCUGAUAAUGGAGAGACUUAAGAAGGAUGAGUCCUGGGACUCCAGACUGAUAGAAACCUGGCAAUGUGAGGACACAUUAGAAAGGCAGCAAGGAAAUCCGAAGAAAGAUUUAAGGCAAAUCAUAAUUAAACGUCAGAAAAACCCUGUGGAGGAUUGUAGUGAAAGUGGCGAAAGUUCAAGCCCAAUUCAACAUCACAUUUACUCAGUGAAAAAGCCUUGGAAGUGCAGUGAAUGUGGGAAGGCCUUCAGUUACUACUCAGCCUUCAUCCUCCAUCAGAGAAUUCAUACUGGAGAGAAGCCUUACAUGUGUAAUGCGUGUGGGAAGGCCUUCAGUCGGAGCUCAUCACUUAUUCAGCAUCAGAGGAUUCACACUGGGGAGAAACCGUAUGAGUGUCACGAGUGUGGGAAGGCCUUCAGCCAUCGGUCAGCUCUUAUCCAACAUCACAUCAUUCACACUGGAGAGAAGCCCUAUGAGUGCAGUGAAUGUGGGAAGGCCUUCAAUCAAAGCACAUACCUUAUUCAACAUCACAGAAUCCAUACCGGAGAGAAACCCUAUAAAUGCAAGGAAUGUGGGAAAGCUUUCAAUGAUACCUCAUCCCUUAUUAAACAUCAAAGGGUUCAUACUGGAGAAAAACCCUAUGGGUGUACAGAGUGUGGGAAAGCUUUCAGUGACAGGUCGGGCCUCACUCAACAUCAGAGAACUCAUACAGGGGAAAAGCCAUAUGAAUGCAGUGAGUGUGGGAAAGCCUUCAGUUACUGUUCAGCUCUUAUUCAACACCAAGGAACCCAUACUGGGGAGAAACCUUACAAAUGUAAUGAAUGUGGGAAAGCCUUCAGUGACCGCUCAGCUCUUGUAAGACAUCAGAGAAUUCAUACUGGAGAGAAACCUUACAAAUGCAAAGAAUGCAAGAAAGCCUUCAGCCAGAGCUCCUCGCUUACAAAGCACGUGAGAACUCAUACUGGAGAGAAACCGUAUGAAUGCAAUGAUUGUGACAAAGCCUUCAGCCAGAGUUCAUCUCUUAUUCAACACCAGAAAACCCACACGGGAGAAAAACACUACAAGUGUAAGAAAUGUGAGAAAACCUUUAACACGCGUUCAGCCUUUCAUCAACACAAAGAAAUUCAUGAUGAAUAGAAUGCAGUAAAUUCACGAAGUAACUAUGGAGUCUCAGAGCACCCAGGUAGCUCAGUGGGUAGAGCAUGCAACUCUUGAUCUGUGGGUUGUGAGUUCAAGACCCAUGUUGGGUGAGGUUUUACUUAAAAAAAGAUGGGGGGGAUUAUGUAUUUUAUCCUAAUUGUGUAGACCUGUUCUACACAAUUAACUACAAUUACUACUACAAAAACAUGAGGCUGUGUCAUGCAAAAAAUAGCUCUCUUUCUCGAAAGGUUAUUAGGUAGGGGAAGAGGACUAGAAGUACAGUAACAAAUCCCAAAAAGCUGAAGCAGUACAGAGAAAUACUAGAAAAGCACAGAAGGAGGAAGUCUGGUUCAGUCAGAGAAACAGACUCAGAAGCUAAGUAUCUGAGUAUUAUAGAAAAACGAGGGGCGCCUGGGUGGCUCAGUGGGUUAAAGCCUCUGCCUUCGGCUCGGGUCAUGAUCCCAGGAUCCUGGGAUCGAGUCCGCAUCGGGCUCUCUGCUCUGUGGGGAGCCUGCUUCCUCCUCUCUCUCUCUCUCUGCCU